AUGGAUGCUCAAAGAGCGAGGGUCAGAGCCAGUUAUUUAAAGAAGCAGCAAGAUACUACAAAAUUUCGCAAGUCUGGUCGUUACAUGGGCAUAGCUUUGGGAGCUAUGGCUUUAGCAAUAUACGGUUUUUCUAUUAGAAUUCUCGCUCAAAGUGACCAAUCAGUAUGCAACCAAGAACUUCUAGAUAGGAGUUUUGUCACAUUAUGUGGACCAAGUCUUUGUGAGCCCUUACUUGAGAUUAAUCAAGAUGGAACAAGACCGCAAGAGUGGCCAAAGAGUAAAGAUGAGGUAGUUCAUAUAGUUUCAUCACGUAAGGGCGAUCGAUUUAAAGUGCAUACAUACAAAGCCCUCGAUACAACAGAAUUCUACUACGAGGAGAGUCAUGUCAAUGGUUCCAUAUUUGUUGACACACAAACUAGAUACCAAAAAAUUCUUGGGUUCGGUAGCACUCUUACAGAUUCGUCUUGUAGGAACAUUGACCAUCUGCCAAAUGAUACGAGAGAAAGAUUGAUUAAUGACUAUUUCAGUACAGAGAGUGGGAUAGGCCUGAAUCUUGUUAAAGUACCAAUUGGCUCCAGCAAGUAUUCUUACACAAACUAUGUACUAGAUCAACCAGACGACAAUCAUAUUGAGCUGAGCCCUUACGACAUUGAUCAUAGAAUACCACUUAUCACGGAUGCUAUCAAAGCGGCUGGAAAGUUUAAGAAUCGUUUCAAAAUUUUAGCUAGCUCUGCUACUGCACCACCUGAGCAUAAAGACAAUAACAGGUUGGUACAUGGUGGUUGUUUAAGCAAAGAUAAAUUUGAGAAUUAUGCCUCUUACCUGACAGGUUUUUUAACCGCUUACAAAGCACAAGGCCUAAACAUAUGGGCCUUGUUAGUUAGCGAAUCUCCAGUUAGUGUCGGGCAAGAUAAGAAUAUCAAUGAUUCUCUAGAUUACAAUUCGAUGUCUAUGAAGCCUUCUGAGGCCGCCAUCUGA